AUGAAUACUGACUACUACAAACUGAUAUUGCAAUUUGAACUAUCAUUAAUUUAUUGGUUAACUAAGUACAGGCUGAUAACUACUACUGAUUAUGUAACUAAAUUGAUUGGAGCCAUAGAACAUCGAGAUUCUAUAUUGACCGUAGACAAUUCUAAUAAUGGCGUUGAUUUGGUUGAAUUCUUCGCGAAUGAAGCGGUGAAUGAAAACUUUAAAAUAAAACUAUUUCAACGAAUAAUUGGAAAAUGGAUGUCAAUUGUGUCGGACUGGCAAUUUUGUGAUUUCAAAUUGACAAAGAAUGAUUAUCUGGCUGUUAAAAGUGCAAUUGGAAGGGUACCAGCUGGUUUAAUUGGAUUGUGUGGAGAUAUCGCAUUAGUUUCCCCAUUUGUACAUGAAUCAGAUACUGACUAUGAAAGUAAUAGAUUAAUCAAUGGGGGGUUAGUACCAUUUAUUAAUUACUUAAGUCAAUCUAAUGUUGAAAAUGAGGAAUCUGUAUGGAUUGAUUGUGAGAUGCUAAGGUUAUAUCUAUUAGAUGGAGAGGUUAUAUGGGGAAAAAUAAACAAUUUUCUCAAAAAAUUCCAAAAGAUAAACUGUCUAUCGCAAUAUAUUACUGAAAUCGCUGUAGACACAAAUAUAGCUAAGCUUAUCGAUAGUAGUCAGUUUUACAAUGUCAAACAAUUGCUCCUCCACCUGAAACCAUUUCCUACAAUAUGUUAUGUAGUAGGCUCCGAUACUAAUAAGAAAAUUAGUAAAUUAGAGGGAAAAGGCUUCAUAACAAAAUAUCAAGCUUUACUUGAUUCCAAUGAAUUGUUAAUGGAAAAUUUUGUUAAUGAGAAUUUUCAUUGUCUAAUUUCCAGGUUUAUACUGUUGCACAUUGAUAUAAUACGAUGCUUGUACACGGUAUUAGUGAAUUCUAUGGGUUUUAAACAAAUAGCAUCGGAAUUAUUGAAUUCCGAAAUUAUGGAAUCUGAUGAAGAUAAUAGUAAUAAACCCAUUAGUGAAAGUUGUGAAGUGAGUGAAAUUGGAAUUAUUACUAGGGCCUUGAGUAUCUUAAAUACUGUGAGGAGGUAUGGCAUAGGUGGCACUGACAACUGGUAUAGGGUCAAAUGUCUACACUCUCACUAUGCAUAUAAUAUGAGUUUCGGCCUUUUAAAUUCCGUAACAUUGAAUUUUAUCAAUUCUAGCGAAUAG